UUUACGGAACAGAAAUGAAAACGUCACUAGUAUUUUCUAUUUCGUCGUCGGUUGGUCUCUAAUAAAAUGGCAGACCAUCCAGGUUUGGAGUUGCUAUUUCGUAGCGUUGAGAUCACUUCGGUUCAAGAUGCAGCCAUUUGCUUGUUACACUGGGAAUUCAUCAGAAAUGGGUUUAAAUGUACUAAUGAUAGUGACGAGAAAAUUGGUUCUGAACUUUUGCCUCCAGACUGGAAUAAUUCACAAGAUGUAUAUGUUCUUAAUUACAGCAGAUAUUCAGAAGAUAGAAAAGCAGAACGUUUUUUGAUGAAAGCUAUUCUAAUUGAAAAUUGUUUGUCACUAAAUCUAAUGAAUCUUGAUAAUGAAGCACUUUCAGCUGUUUCAUUAGAAAUUGAAGACUAUGUCAAUCCUGAUUACAAAUUCUUCCCUAAUGCUUACAAGAAUAUCAAAGAAUUCAAAACAUUGAUUGAUGAUGAACUUCUUGCUGUAACAUGCCCAGACCUCCAAAAAAAUACUCAACCAAAAGCAUUACCUCAGAAUGCCAGAAGAACUUCUUCAGAUUCCUUUCAUCAGCCUUCAUCAUCAUAUAAUCCAUCUCGUUCAGACCAACAUUUCCAUUUCAGGAAUCCAGUUGAUCCAUUUAACUAUGGUACUGGGGAUCUUGAUCCACUAGCACCUGGUGGUGGAAUGUCAUUUGAUCCAAGGUUCGGUGAAAGGGGUUUUGGACAGCUUCCCAGACCAAGAUUUGAUUUAAUUGGACCUCCAGGAGUUUUACCUGAUUCUGAUCAUCUGCGACAGCCAAACUUCAGGGAUUUUAUUUAGUGGUUUGCUGAGCAGAUACGAAAUCUUUGUAAAUUGUCAGUUUUUCUAUUUUAAUUAUUUUACCAGAAAUUCAAUAAACAUACAUUUAUAUCAACA